AUGGGUGGGAGGACGGAAGAAGGAGAAGAUGAGAGGGAGGAUGAAAGAAGACGAAGGAGUAAAGAGCAGCUGGAGAGAGACUGCAAAAAGAGAGCUCUGGGAGUGCUGAGGGAAGUCAGUGUUUUUCAUUCAUGCAGACUCAGAGCAUGGAAACAAGCCCUCAGACAAUGUUCCUCCACGCUCAGCAGCUCUCCACCAGGGGGUGGAGCUCAGCAGCAUCCAUCUACGACAGGCAGAGGUGGCAAAAAGGAUACAGAAUGCAGGCCCUGUUCGGGCUCCGUCAGCGACAUUUUUCUGAGUGUUGGAGAGGAUAUAGAGAAGAUCAUCGACAAAAUAAGCUCCAUCAUUAUCAAGCUGGAUGCAGCGAUUCAGCAGUUAUCUGUAGAUAAGACCUCGAUCGUGGGUGAAGCACGUCAAGAAUCCAGAGACACAGACACUUCAGCGCAACCUGAAGACGUUAAGAAUCACCUAAACUCCCACGAUCAGCUCGAGUCUGACUCAGGUCACGAACGGGUGAUUGAGGACGGAGCUGAUCGAAGGCAUACAGAGACAUUGGCAGACACUGAACAAACACUGGACUCAUUCUGUGGUUCUAAUUGUGACAACGGGGCAGAAUCACAUGUCAAAGGUCAAGCAAGAGACGUUCUGGAGGAAUCCGCUAACUCUGAGACUGAAUUACUGGAGGAGACUGAAAAGGAAGAUGAGAGCGCAAAGAGAAAAAGAAAAUGGAUUACCGUAGGGCUCACUGGUCAGCUGGAGGGCAGCCAUUCUGAUGUACCAGACGCGUGCUUUAUCAGAGCGCCGGCAGGUGCAGCUAAAGCCCUGAGGUGUGAAGUGGCUGAUGCCCUGAGCUGCCUGAUGGUGACUGGCUCAGAGGAGUUGCUUAGCAGAGUGAUCCGGGUCAAAGUUGAACACGGAGCAGCCUUUAAUUUCCCCAUUACUGUGGUUGUGCCUUUCCAAGCACGCCAUCGCAGCAGCUACAGAGAUGUCGCUGUGAAGAUAAUAGAUGAGGACAAGAGGGUCAGCUACAUCGCUCCCAUAGCAACAGAGGGCAUGUAUGGAGGACAGAAGGGCUCAUUUGCAGAGGUGAAGGUGUACUCUGUGGGUCUUUUUGCAGUGGUUUCCUGUUUAAAACUAGAAAACUACACCAUUCCCAGGAAGGGGUUGUUACUAAAACUCCCCAUGGACCCCCGAAUUUGUCUGAACUACCUCCCAGGAUCCUUUACUGCACCUGUAAUAGCGCAAACCACGAUCCAGCCGCUAGAUGCCGUGCUCCUGGCUUCUGUCAAGUCCAGAAAUUACGCCUAUCUUUCGGUGGUGUCUACCAGCCCACUGCUCUACCUCACCCACCCGACCUCGAUGCCCCUGAGAAGACCCCUCACGGUCACACUUCCAUGUCCCCCAAAUACUGCGAAAAAGAAAGGAACAAGGGGACAAACGGAGGACCAACAAGACCAACAAAGUCAACCUGUCAGCGAUUCUCCCCCAUGGGAUCAUUCACCUUCCCACAGACUGAGAUUCAUGGACACCUCUGUGAAAUCCAAGGAAAUGUCCAAUGAGUCGCUGGUUGUUCUGGGCUCAAGGGACAAACAGUGGAGUGUCAUGGAUAAAGUCACCGUCAGGAGCCCGCAGAAGGGACUGGUGUCCUUUGACCUGAUGGAGAACUUUGACAGACUGCUCGUGCUUCGUCUCCUCUCCCCGCUGCGCCCCUGUCACCUCACCUGCCUCGCUGAGGAGCUGGAGGAGUCGGUCUGCUGUCACGCCGUCACAGUCGUCCUCCUGCGAAGCCGAGACGAGUCUCGCGCCCUCCUGGUGGCCGUUGUGCCCAGCAGAGACCUCAGCUGGGAGCUGCACAGGCUGCGAGCUCAGGGCUACAGCGACCUGGUGGAGACCUCCUCGGAGAUCUCGAUGCGUGAGGCAGAUCAGCUUCUCCUGCGUUUCACCGGCAACAUCACCUGCACAGCUGCUGCUCAAACCAACAAAAAUGAAGCCACGCAUGAGCGCAUCACCUUCCACAGCCAGAGGAAGAAUCACCUCUUAGUGCAUCUGACUGAGGUGGACCUAUUUGGAAACUACAGCUCUCCUCACUACAAGGGCACAGCCAUAUUUUAUAAGGUCACCAGAGGUCAGCUGGAGUGGCGGGAUGACAAAGCUGUCCUGAAGGACACGAAGCUUCUGGGAGAUCCCGUCUGUAAGCUGUCUCUGACUUUACCCAAGAAAGUGAGAAACCUUACUCGGCCCAUUACAGCCCGGGUGAAGUUAUGUGAGGACACAGGUUCCCUCUCAGACUCUCUUCUUCUCUGGCUGUCCGAGGAGCUCUCAGAGGAGGAAACGGCCCUGCUGGCACUCUCUCUGCGACUCUGCCGCAGCACCGCUCAGCUGGUGACGAUCCAAGCCGGGAGCAGCGGUCUCUCUUCCCGUGCCUUCACCAUUCUGGCCAUGUGGAGGAGAGGGCUGCCCGCCGUCCCGAACCAACCCAAGGCCUCUCUGCUCGCUCGCUACUUGGCCAAGAUCGGCAGGCCGGAUCUGGCCAGAGAACUGCUGCUGAGGCAGGCUGCAGCUACCAGGCAGGAGUCACAGAUUUAAGGAGGCCCAGAAAGGAGCGCUCACGCUGCCUUUUAAGUGCUGCUUUUGAUACGAGCCAAGCCACUGGGUUGCAGUGCUUCGUGUGAUCCACACGAGGUCAGCAUCGCACAAGGAGAGUCAGCGCUCUUCUCUGGGCAUGCAACCCCACCUUUUGUUUUUGUUUUGGUAGUUGUCUUAGAGGUAAAGCCUAAUUUUAGACCAUUAUUAUGGUAUUAUAGUAUCAGUUAGCUCUGAAAACUGUGAAAAACUGGGGAGAUUUUAAAAAAUGAACUGCAGUACAGAUGAGCAAAUGUUUUAACCCAGCUGUGAUAUUACUGUUGUGACUCCUUGCAGGGUUCAGACCUCUAAGGUUUGGAGCAUUUAUAUGUAUGUUGUUAUAACGAUUUACAGUCUUACCUCACAAUGCAGUUUAUAACGCAGUGAAAGCUGCAAAGUUUGAAUGCAGAUGAGCACAGAGCACAUCUGUGGCGACCGGAUUAUUUUUCUUAUCAGCUAGACUCGUCGCUGGUUUUCUGUCCGUCUCUAGGUUUUCUCAGUCUUCUUUUAAAACUCAAACAUCUUGGCAGCCCUAAUCUGUGACAGAGCCUUCACUUUCUCACUUUAUUUGGUAGUUUGUCACCACCGCUGGCAGGGAGGUGAUUUAGCGGACCAGUCAGCCGCCUCUCCCCUCUGCGUAAACAAACAACGACACAGAGCUGUGACCUCCUUUCGUCUGCUCCUGACACCGAGUCAUCUUUGAGACGUGACCGAGUCAGAUAAUGACUGAGUCAUAAAAGUUGUUUUCCUUGUUAUGAGGAUACUAAAAUAUAUUUCUGUUUGCAGUAUGAG